GCGUCAGUUACUCGGCUACGUUCAGGACUGUUGAGCAGCACGUCACUCGUUCGUCGCUGAUCGCGCAGCGCGCUUCAUCGUGGCGUUAUUCUCGCACGUACACACGGGCCGUUGACACGCGGAAGCCCUCGUCGACCGAGAGAAACAGAGGAUCGUCCCCGUACUCGUAGGAUGAUCGUUGCCGCGAGACCAUAACCCGCGACAAAGAGAAACGAGAGAGAGAUUUUCCGCCUCAGUGUGUCCCUGACGAUUUUUACGUACGCGCGUUAUUUGGAUUAAAGUAGAUUACCGACGAACGCGCACGCACGCAGACAGAACCAUGAUGCUUCGGCAGAAGAAUUACCUCGCCUUAGGAGUGCUCGGCUGCAUCCUCCUGCUGUCGGCAACUACCGCGGACAACAGCGUGCACAUACUGUCGAAGUACGGCCACCAGACGCUUACCUCAACCACGCUCAAAUGGCUACCGGUGGCGCACUAUAACCCGAGCGAUUCGAAGCAGAUAAUCAUCGGUGGCAGCGAGAACGUACCGGAUAGUCAAGAUGAGAAUUAUGCUAAUCAAGCGGAGAUAAAGAGACUGGUGCUCUACGUGUGCCGCGCGAUGCACAGUGGAGUAUGGGUGGCCGGUACACAGAAAGAAAAGGAGAAGGUCUGCACAGUGACAAUACAUGGUGUUGUACAGUCGUACGAGAAGUACGAGCUACUGGAGAACGUCGAUGGGGCGGCGCGGAUUUCGUGGAUCCAAUGGAACAAGUACACCCCGCCUCCCGUGGGUGCGGUGUACGUCGACAAGACAAUGCUGGUAGCUAGGCAUGAGGUCCCUAAAGAUCUGGAGAAACCGCGGUACACUCACUAUAUCGGCACUCUCAGCUCACCCGAGAACUUCGGUACUAUCGUUUAUGUGAACGAGAAUGGCGACGAAGAGUCUGCGAAGUCCGGUGAGCUGCUGGUGGAGGCCGAACCGAUCCGUUAUGAGCUCGGCUCCGUUAAACUUAACUGGUCUAAGAGGCGCGAUAUUAAGCGCGUACCUCGCAUACUCAGCGAGGCGACGAUCGUCAACCGCGGAGCGGAACCGGCAAACUUGGCGGAAGCCUGUGUAUACAACUACAAGUACUCGGUCUACUGGGGUCGCAGGCACGCCAUCCUGAACGGCUUGAGCACCACGAUCACGCUAAUUAACGGCACGUCCUUACCGAACAUAACGUGGGGUACGCGCGAUGACGAGAAUCGCACGGAGGCUUACAACGUGCUGGUCUACCUGCAACCUGGUACGGGCGUAAACGUGACUCUGAAGGCAAACUAUACGGACAUGGAGGUACCGUACUCCGCAAACUUGAUUUCGCAUUACGAGGAUAGUACAACGACAUCGCGCAUGAUUAGCGGCACUCGGCAGGAGGAAACGUUGUUCGACAUCACACCGGAAUUCGGACCCAUCUACUUCCUGAGCAAUUUCAGCUUGGUACCAACUACCGUGCCACCGCCUACUACGACCACCGAUCCACCGACCACGACAACGUUGAUGACAACGACGGUGCCGACAACAAUGAAGCAAGACUCGAGCCGGACAACGCACCGGCACCAGACGGACGACUCGGACAUAGAUCACGACGAGAACCUAAUCACACCGCCGAAGAAAACGGACAUAUCGACGGGCAUGCAUGACAACAAUAGUCCGUUGUUACUCAAGGUGGAGACGCUCUAUGGCGGUGCCACGUCCGUUGCGUUUCAAUCGAGCUUAUUGACGCUCGUCAUUCCGCUUCUACUGCUGCUGAUCCUCCAUAAAAUUACGUGAAGACCCGAUUGCACGUUCGCCACCGCCGCCUCUAAACGUUAAUUCCUAAUUCCCGCAAUAGUAAUAUAAUAAUAUAACCCAGUAGACGACACAGUCCCGAAAAUGGAAAAAAGAUUAAAAAAGAAAAAAAAGAAUUACACAGAAAAAAAGAACAAAAAAAUACAUAUACGCGAAAGAAAAUUGCUGUAAUUUCGUAUGUAGCGAUUAUCGCGAAAACGACCUCCUUUUAUUUAAACACUCGUACAUACAUGCACCGUUGGAUUGCGGUGCUGAUACAUGCUUGCCUUUAAAAAAAACUCGAUAUUUAAUAUAUACAUAUAUCUAUAUUAUUAUACACACAAACAACACACACACAAAUGCGCUUAGAGUAACAGAAGAGAGAGCGAGAGAAAAGUAUCUUCGCAACUGAACAAUGGAGCUAGUCUCACGACAAUGAGUUAAGUACAAGAACGAGAUCGCAGCGACUGAUGUGCAGGUAGAUUAACCUGGCCGCGAAACGUUCACCCGUUAUAUUGUUGAACCGACCGUGUAACAUUCCGUCUUUUUCUAAUCCUGCUGUGAAUUGACUUUCCAGCUAUAAUGUAUGUCUUAUGCCUUCGCAAAAGCGCAAUUCUAGAUCCUUUUAGAAGACUAAUCGCUUUAAAGGACAUUCUUUUUUUUUAGAGAGAAAGUUGAGAAAGGGCUAUAAAUGCCGCGAAUAACGUUUUGAACGAAUAGUAGCGUAUAUACGUAUUGAGUCGGGAGGCAAAUAGAAGUUAAGCAAUGGAGGAAAAGAGCAAGAUAUGCGAAUUAAUUCUGCUACGAUAUAUUUUUGAGAGAUUGUCGUAUAAUUUUAGAAGAUUGUAAAAUUUAUAAGGAUAGUAAGUAAGAGAGAAAACCGUAUAAAGUGUAGGGGGUAGAUAGGUACAUUUUUUUUUUUACGAUACAAUUCGAUUAAGUUCCAAAGUUAUCACAGCGAAAUGACAAACGUACGAGCUAAUUGCUUAAUGUUUAAUUAUAUAUUACGAUAACGUUAAGUGAUAAUGCUAUUCACGAGCGUGUUGAAUUUGCUGAUGCAGUAUGUGUAUUUUUUUUCAGUUUUAAACAAUUAUGUACCUAUCUGAUGCUAGUACGUAAAGUGAUAGGACUUGCAGGUUUCUUAGAAUACUGUUGAAAAAGACGUAUAAUGAUGGAGGAACUAUUGGUAUAUAUAAUAUAAAUAUCUAAAUAAUCUAUUAAUAAAAAAAGAGGAUAGAAUAUUUUGGUACGCGUGAGAAGUAUAAAAUUAUUGAUUUCGACGUUUUGUGGAAGCAUUUUUUUUGUUCACUCGAAAGACUAAAACGACGGUCAUUUUUUUCAUACGAGGUUGCGUUGUCAGCGUUUUUACCGAAGAAGUAUCCACAUGUAUGUAUAUAAUAUGUAUUUCUAUGAUCUGAUAGUUGUAAUAUUGUGUAGUAGGCUUAUUUAUAUAAUAUGAUUUAUAGAUAUUUUCUCUAUCGAUAGUAGCGUCACACACAAGUACAAUUCUUAUAUUUUACUAUUAACCGAUGAAUACCGUAGGAUUAGCGCGAAACUGUUUAUUUCGGGCUAAAGUGUCUCUAACGACAUUUAUUAACGUAAGCCUAAUCACGCCUGUUGUGAUAUUCAAUGAAAACCUUACGUAAACACGAAAAGAAAAAAUAAAACAUUAUUUUGAACGAUUCGUUGAUUGCGAGAGAAAGCAAUAAUUCGUUGCGAGAUCGAGACUUGCGAGGAAGUCAGAGAAAGGCAACGAUAGAAGACAAACGCAAAUAAAAUUUGUGGUACCUAUGAUAUUUCUUCGAUAUUCCUAGUUAAUUGACGAAACGUAAUUAACGAGUGGGCGGCGCGAUUUUAGUAUAGAGUUC